CCACCACUGCAUCUGUCGCGGCAAACAAAGUUUUUCAACAGAGUGCAGCGCACGUGAAUUUCCCUGAGAAAUCCACAUUUUUCACAACCAUCGCCAUGUCUGACGAGUAUUUCUUUGGCAUUACGCUAACUGGCGAGAAGAACACACACACAUGGGAUCCAUACAGCAACAUUGACGACGCAGACAUGGUGGUGCCCAAUAAGCUCCUCAUCAAGUCAGUCCUCCUGGACGUAGCUGCUAAAGAAGAUGAAUAUCAUGUUGUUGAGGUAACCGCUCCAACGUGCAUGGAGGAGGUAAAGAUCCCCAUUGCUGUACUCAAAGUCGGCGAAGUACGUUCCGUGAGUAUGGAAUUAGAAUUCCCGGAUGCCCCUGUCACAUUCAAGCUCAUCCAGGGCAGCAGUUCCGUUCACAUUCUCGGGCAUCAUCUCAUUGGGGAAUCCAGUGAGGAGGAAGAAAUGUGGGAGGGGGAGUACUCCACCGGCGAUGAGGAGGGUGAACAUGCUGAAGAUGAUGAGGAGGCUACCGCAAGGAAGAAGAAGAAGAUCACAAAUAAUCUCAAAGCAGGCGGUGGCGGUACAAAAGGUUCCACAAAAAAUAAUCUUCUCUUUAAAAAGAAAUAAAUUCAACAAACAAAAUUAAAAAAAAAGAAAGAAAAGAAAACCUUCCACCCUCCUCCUUCCCAUUCUCCCUGAACUUUUCCCUGACGCACUUUUCACAUUUCCACAAAGAAGGGGUCUGUAUUGGAAAUUUUGUGUGUGUAAGAAAAUAAAAAUUAAUAUUCUAUUAAUUACCUAUAAUAAAAAAUAAAUAAAGAUAAUUUCAAAUUGGA